AUGUUCUGCGCCCCCCGGGAGUGUGGGGUGCUCAGUGGGUGCCGCCACGGGCGCUGCGUCCGGCUCCCCGACGGCUUCACCUGCAGCUGCGACCCCGGCUACCGGCUGGACCCGGCGCAGCUCGACUGUGUCGACGUGGACGAGUGUUCGGGCCCCCCCCGCUGCCAGCCCGGCCGCUGCCUCAACACCGCGGGCUCGUUCCGCUGCCUGUGCCCCCCCGGCCUGGCCCCGCCGCUGCCGACGCCCCCCCGCUGCCUCCCCCGCGCCUGAGCCGCCCCCCGCCGUAUUUAUUGUGUAGAU